AUACUGUUUCAAACGUCAAAAUUCUGAGCGCAAGCUCCCCUCUGUUUGACCUUAUCAGUGACAAAACGGCUUACCCCAAGCUUUUGCAACAGCGACUUUUACGAUCAUUCUGCCGCUGUUGCACAAAAAUGGCCCCUCAAGCUAAAAUUGGACCCUCCAUUCUUAACGCAGACCUAGCCAAUUUAGCGGCAGAAUCACAGAAAUUACUUGACAAUGGAGCCGACUAUCUUCACUUGGACGUCAUGGAUGGAAACUUUGUGCCAAAUCUUACAUUCGGUCAUCCCAUGGUCAAAUGCUUGCGAAACCAUAUCAAGAACGCGUACUUCGAGACGCAUAUGAUGGUCAAUAGCCCGGAGCAAUGGAUAGAGCCCAUGGCCGAUGCUGGCGUCAACCUGUAUACAUUUCACAUAGAACCGGUGAAGGAUGUUUGCAAUGUUUGCCGUCUGGUACAAGAGUCGGGCAUGAAAGUAGGCCUGGCAAUCAAGCCGGCUACAAAAGUUAGUGUCGAGGAACUCGCACGAUACAUGGAAGUGGCAGAUGUUGUGUUGGUCAUGACCGUUGAACCUGGAUUUGGUGGGCAAUCAUUCAUGGCCGACAUGAUGCCUAAGGUUGAAUGGCUACGAUGCAACUAUCCCAACAUUGACAUCGAGGUCGAUGGAGGCGUCGGCCCUAAAACCAUUGAAUGCUGUGCCAAGUCUGGCGCCAAUAUGAUUGUAUCCGGCACAGCUGUGGUGGGGGCACCAGAUCAGCGGCAAGCAAUUACGCAGAUGCGUGAGGUUGUGCAACGUUAUUUAAAGUAGAAGGGCAAAUCGUUAAAGCAAAAUUUUAAGUUUAGUUAUAAUUGAAAAGAAAUAAACAAAUUUAUCCAGUUACAACUUUCGAGCAGGGAAAUCUAAAAUCUGGUUGAAAUAUUUAACCACCUUAAAUAUUUGUAUUAAAAGACAUGUGUUGCUGUUUAAUAGCAUUUUCUGUAUACUGUUAUACAUUUAUUUGUCAACAUUUAUAUAUGUAUGUAGGUAUGUAUAUAAUAUGUAUGUAUAUGUAUGACACCUUGCUUUUAGCAUUUAUCUGGUUACACGAGUCUGUAAAUGAAUGUGUGUAUUUUCUUGUUGUUGUAUAGAAUGUAUCUUCUUACUUAAUAUUAGGCUUAUUUACUGUAUUUUGUUUUAUAUAGUACGCAUUUGAGGAACCAGUGCUAGUUGCUCAUCAUUUUUUAAAUACAUUUUCCCAAAAAAUUGUCGCUGCGCUUAAGACGUUCCGUAAAUUCUCAUUGCCUAUGCUGUGGCCGUUUUUAAACAAUAAAGCAUCAUUUUGUUUUCAUAUAAAA